GUUAAUGUUUUGGUGAAAUGGGAGCUCGUGGAUGAGAAUGGGAAAGAUGUCGUGUGCUUCCAGUUCCCAGUGAAAAUUGCUUAAGUAAUGGUAUAUACACCACAGUAUUGUAUUGUCUUAAUUAUGCACUAUUGUUAACCGAAAAUACUCUUAGGUACAGUCAAGUUUGUAGGGACAUUGAAAUAUUCUAACUGGGAAUCAUGUUACAACACAUUGUAACAUAUAACAUGAUUCUCAAAAAUGAAUUAGAUGCAGAAUAUUGACACCUCCAGAAAUUAACUGGAGGCUGCAUUUUACUGUUAAAAACAAAAUUGCUCUCAACAAAACUUGUGAUUAAUGAACUCUGUUAGUAAGAGGUUGGUCUGUACUUAUUUAGGGUAAUACAACCUUACACUAUAAAAAUAUAAAUAUACUCAUUACUAUGGUAAAUAUUAAACAUGAGUAAUUCAUCAAAAAUGUUAAAAAGUUACUGUACCUAGGAAAGUGAUUAAACAUGCAAAGUUUGCUACAACUUAUUGUGCAUAUGAAAGUGAAAAAAAUCUGAGUUCAAAUGCUAUAUAUUCAUAUAAAGCUGAUAUCCCGUGGAUAGAAGACAAUAUAAGCUAGCAAGAAGAUGACACAUGAAUUAGUGUAAGUCUAUACUGUUUCAUGUGUGUUUAUAAACCGAUUGCCCAUGUCACAGUUCACCCUUGGAUACAUAUAUAUUCGACAACUGUAGUCGAUAUAUUUAAAAGCAUGAUCUUGCAUUGAUAUUAAUUCAUUUAUCAUACAGUUACAUAUGGAAAUAAGUUGUAGAAUGUAUAGUUAUUAUUUGAAUAUCUUUCUCAUUACUGUAUGGUUACUACCAUACAUUGCAUUGUAAAUGGUCAGUAUGCUGACUUGUAGAAUUAUGAAGUAUGUUUUAGUGCAGUACACUAGAGGUGAAAAAGUGAUAAGCAGGUUAACCCUUAAACUGUCCAAACAUAGAUGUAUGUUCACUCGUGUAGCGCUCCAAACGUAGAUCUACUUUUUUUUUUUUUUACAUAGGAAAGCGUGUAAAAUCAAAUGUAGAUCUACAUUCGGAGCGCUACGCGAGUGAACGUAGAUCUACGUUUGGACAGUUUAAGGGUUAAAUUAUCACUGCUGUAAUACUUUAGUAAAUUUUAUAACCAUCUGAAGUUUAUAAUAAAACCACUAUGAAAAGUCUAUACAGUCAAACCUCUUUGAACCAGAAUGUUCAAAAAAGGAGUUUUCCAUUACUCUACUGUUAGGUAUUCCAAUUAAUGCUAAACAAAAACAGGUUUAUGUACGUAAUUCAUACCAGCUGGAUGAGAGUAGGAUUGACAGGUUAGCUGGUGAUGGGUAGGUGCCAGCAAUUAUCACUCUUAAUUUUAUCCAGUUGUGCAUAUGGAUAAAUGAGGUAUGACCAGUUUUUAAUUACUCAUAAAAUGUAUUGGUUUAGUACGUCAUAUCUUUAUCAGUUUUCAACAUAAUCUGGUGCCUAACUGUAUUUUUUAAAUUAUUCCAAAUUGUUUCUUAAAUAAAUUUCAGUAUUGCUAUACAGUUCUCUGAUUUUAUUGUAAUAUUAUAGAUAUUGAACUGCAUGAAAUCCAUUCAGGAGAAUGAAAUAAAGCUUUUACAUGAA